AUGUCCUCGCUGAGAUUUGCACCUCAGGCCUACCGCGACAUCGCUGCUUUCUUAGAAAGGCUGUGUACGGCUGUACAAGGAAAGAAAAUUCUCGAUGUAUCUUGGCAUAAUCGAUUGGUUGAUCGAUUACCGAAAAUAUUUGACAGAAUUUUGGGACCCGAGUUGCAGCCGGCAGUUAUCGAGUUAACGCCAUAUAUUUUGGAUUCCUUCGGCAACCCGACUCGGGUCGAUUUUGGAACAGGUCACGAGACAGCCUUUAUGGCUUUCCUUAUGGUGUUGGCAGCCAUAGGCUACUUCGAUGAUUGUGGGGAAGGUGAAGAAGACGUCUUGGGAGAAGAAAUCGGACUAAGGAUUUUCCCGAGAUACAUAGCAUUGAUGCGACGAAUUCAGAAGCAGUACAUGUUGGAGCCGGCGGGGUCGCAUGGUGUUUGGGGUUUGGACGAUUAUCAUCAUAUCCCAUUUCUGUUGGGUGCGUGCCAACUUGUUGGAUCGGAGGAGAAGGAUGUUGACGGGAAGGCGCUGACGCCUGAGAAAGUGAUUCGGAACAG